UGGCUGGAAACACGCUGAGAGCAAGAAUAAACUGCGCGUGUGUUGGAUGUCUUGAGUCGCACAUAAUUUUUAUUUCAGGUGCAGCGUACCAAGAUUUUCGGCAAUAAUUCGACUACCCAAGCUGCAGUCAUGUCCCAUACAAUCCUUUUGGUGCAAGCUGGGAAGCCGGAGACGCGCACAUAUUCAGACUACGAGUCUGUGAACGAGUGCAUGGAAGGAGUGUGCCACAUUUACGAGGAGCACCUGAAACGACAGAAUCCCAACACACCAUCCAUCACGUACGACAUCAGCCAGCUCUUCGACUUCGUGGACCAGCUCGCGGACCUCAGCUGUCUCGUCUACCAGAAGUCGACAAACACGUACGCCCCCUACAACAAGGCAUGGAUAAAGGAGAAGAUCUACAUCCUGCUGCGCAGGCAGGCAUCGAAAAGCCAGUCUUGAACCGGCUGGCAAGCCGACCGAAGACCCUCUUCAUAUUGUGGUUGCCCCUUUUCUGCGUGCAUCACCAUCGUCAUUGUUCCUCCUGGAUCUUUUUUUUUUUUCUUCCCUCUGCAAAGUACGAGGAAGGUGUAAACUAUGUGCACAGGUAAUAAAUUGAGUGUAUAUAAGUGUAAUACAAAUGAUGGACAGUGGA